CAUAUUUUGUUUCUGAUAUGUUUUAUAACAGUUUGCGGCGUAGUAGGCAAGGAAAAUGGAAAAGAAGUAAAGCCUAAUGGAACAAAGCAUCACACGAGGGCAAUAUCUAGCACAAUCCAGAUGGAGGACGGUGACACUUUCGACUGCAUUGAUAUCAAAUCUCAGCCAGCAUUCGACCACCCACUUCUGAGAAACCAUUCAAUACAGAUGGAACCAACCUCGCAUCCUACCGGAGUUUAUGGAAACUUCACGUUACCAGAUAAAGAACUGGAAUCUAGUACCCAAUUGGUUUCUUGUCCUCCAGGAACAAUUCCAAUGUGGAGAAGCGAUAAUUACAACUCGAUGGUUAACCUUAGUGAACUGACUAGAAAAAUAUCCACAUGGAAUACUAUUCAGGGUGACAACAUCACUACUUCGUUGGCAGGCCUUACGAGAGGAGAAGACAUCUAUGGAACUAGUGCAUCAAUAAGUGUCUAUGAUCCACAAGUAUAUGGCAGUGAAGAUAAAUCUGGAGGUCUAGCAACUAUAAUUAGUGGUUAUUCUUUUGACAAGGAGCAUCCUAAUGCCAUCGGAGUCGGUUGGUUUGUCUGGGCAAGCAUCGCAGGUGACAGGCAUGCCAGAUUUCAUGUUUUCUAUAAUGUUGGCCAAAAACACUGCUUUGAUCUACAGUGCUCUGGAUUUGUGCAAACGAAUCGAGAUAUAGUUUUAGGUGGAAAAUUAUCACCAGUAUCAAAGUACGGUGGGCCACAAGCUCAGCUGAAUAUUUUCUUCUAUCAGGAUGACAAGUCAAACUGGUGGCUGAAGUUCGGCGUACAUCGCACUAUAGUUGGAUAUUGGCCAGGUGAGCUCUUCAGUUACUUGAAAACAAAGGGAACUGCUGGCUAUUGGGGUGGUUUCGUUGAAGGCCCUACAAUUAAAUAUAAGCCACCGCCCAUGGGUAGUGGGCACCCUGCUUCAGAGGGGUAUGGCAAGGCAGCAUAUGUGAAGAACAUUCAAGUUCUGGACAAAAAACACAAUCUUGUGACCCCACGGGCUCGUGAGUUUGAUAUUGUUGUAGAAAAUCCGAAAUGCUACUCAGUUGAUAAUAAAGCAGACGGAGACCAUGGAGUAGAAGCAUAUUGGGGUGGUGCUGGAGAUUGCAAGCUUUGAUGUAACAAUGUUCGAAUUAUACUAAUAAAAUGAUCUAUAGUUUGUUGGUUUCGUA